AUCCGAAGCCCUGCGUCCACAACCGCAGUCGCCUUUUACGCACCAGCGAGUGGAGAAUCCAGCCGGAGACCUGCUUCCACCAGCGCCUUUGGAUUUAUCCCAACACUUGCUCUGGAGAUUUAAACACAACACCGCCGAGACUGGACUAUAAUCUGCGCGCAAAAACGGAGCGCGACGGAGCGAUGAGAAUUUUAUCCUGAAACUACGACUCUCUCAAUGCUGCUGUAGACCGACGACGUGCACAUGGAGUCCAGGGUUCCCCACCACAUCCCAGGAGUGUCCUCCUCCCUCAUAUCCCAGCCUCUCCUGGACAGCCGGGUGCCCUACGGACGUCUGCAGCACCCGCUCACCAUCUACCCCAUCGACCAGAUCAAGUCUUCGCAUGUGGAGAACGACUACAUCGACAGCCCCGCCGUCGUCUCCCAGCAGCCGCCGAGCCAGAAGAGCCGGAGGAUCACCUGGCUCGGGCAGAACCAGGAGGCGAAUCACAACAACCACCACAACCACCAGCACCACGAGGCGGGGCGCUGCGAGCCCCACCCUCACCAGGACUCCACCACUCACCCGUGGAUUUCCUUCAGCGGCAGACCCAGCUCCAUCAGCAGCAGCAGCAGCACGUCGUCCGACCAGAGGCUGCUGGACCACGCCGCGCCCACGCCUACGGUGGACCACCACCUCCAUCCCGUGGGCAAAAUCUCCACCUGGAGCCCCGGCUGCUUCACUUCCUCCGAGGCCAAGGUCCUGACUUCCUCUGCUUCCUCUAAAACCCUGGACCACAAGCCUGCCAAGGCGCCAACAGGAGGCAGCACCGCGGGCCAGCAGGGGUUGGCGGUCAUCCCUUCCACCCCGGCUGAGAAGAAACACCUUCUGCUCUGCGAACAAUGUGGCAAGUGCAGAUGCACGGAGUGCACGCUGCCCAGAACCCUACCCUCUUGCUGGGUUUGCAACCAGGAGUGCCUGUGCUCAGCCCAGAGCCUGGUGGACGCCGCCACCUGCAUGUGCCUGGUCAAAGGCAUCUUUUACCACUGCACCGAGGACGAGGACGACGAAGGCUCAUGCGCCGACAAGCCGUGCUCGUGCUCCCAGGCCAACUGCUGUGCGCGUUGGUCCUUCAUGACGGCCCUCUCCUUUGUCCUGCCGUGCCUAGUCUGCUAUCUUCCAGCCGUGGGUCUGGCCAAACUGGGACAGAAGUGUUAUGACAAUGUCAGCCGACCCGGCUGCCGCUGCAAGCACCUGCAGGCUGGCGCCAACAUCUGUAAAAGCGGCGGCGUUGAGGCGAAAGCCGGGACUCUAGACAAGCUGCAGCAAGGCUUAUGAUACUGGACCUGCACCACAGUACUUGCUUGCUCUCUCUGGACGGGACAAUCCAACACCACCCCCUUAAGUGACCCCAUUAAUCUGCUGGAUGAGUGAAACAAAAGGUACUUUUUUUUUUUCCAAGGGUGGAUGAUCAACAAAUCUGAAGGGGCGUUGCAAGCUGAUUUUUAUUUCGACGCACGAAGUAGAGACUGGAUUGGCGGGACUGGUGUUUUGGGAAGAUGACUGAAGGCACAAAGUCAUUGUACCUCUCUGCUGCUCUGUAUUUCUUUGCUCUUUUUUGUCACUAACCAAAAGCUAGUCGUGGUAGACGGUGGAGAGGAAAUACCCGAAAAGUUAUCCCUCCCCCCUCAGCGAGGCGUCACCGCCUACCGUCGUCGCCUCGACAGAGUUGCUCAAAAUGUCGUGGAGAUUUCCCCUCCUUGUGUCGGUAACCUCUCCGCUGUUACCUUCCCAUCUCUAAUCCCGAGUCACCGCAGCAUGACCUGCAUGCUCUAGAAGUCGAUGUUUCGUAGACAAAUCUGUUUUUAGAAACCUUCUCAGGGACUCUCCUCUCCAGACGAAAACAGCCCGGAACGCUACUUCCUCUUUGCAUCACGUAAAAGCAAAGAAACGUAAAAGCUCGAAGGCAAUACUUUAGGAAACCAAAAUGGCAACGAGAAGGAAUCAAACCACCCCUUGCACAAGAAGACACGAACAUCAAAGGACGUACUAAAGCACAGUAUUAACCACCUCAACUAUCUAGUGCACUACACCCCCCCCCCGCCCUUCCACUCGCGUCAUAAUGCUGCAUAGCUGUGAUCGUCCGAUAGUCUGUCUUUCUAUCCUCUAUUUUUGUGGCUCGCAUGUUUCUAGGACUUUGCCAAAGGACGCCGUAGCAUGUUGUCGCUGUCUGAGCGAACACAGUCGCUGUGCGCUCGAUGCCAAACGGAGGUGACGACAUGAAAAAAAAGCAUGCUGCCCCUUUAAUAGCGACGGCCUGGGGGUUCAUUCUAGCUCCAUAACAUUCAUCACCUAGUUGCACAAAGCUAAAAAAAAGAGAAAAGGGAAUCAGUUCUGAAUGUACGCGGCAAUAUUUAAAAGUGCCAAACGUGAGUCGACAAAAGUAGGUGGCAGCAAAACUCCCGAUAUAUUUAGUACUAGAGCUAUGCAGGUGUUUGCUGUAAAUACUUUCACCACAUUUGUGUUCUUUAGAGGAGAGUUUUCAAUGAGAGAUGCAUGGUACAUUAUAACUACAACUCAGUACAAGCCUAUAUAUAGAGAGAAAGAGUAUAUUAGAUACCUAUUUUGAGGGGCGAGGAGGACGUGACGGGGAGCGGGCGUCAUGAUUUAGGCAAUAAUUUAUAUUUGAAAAGAAGAUAUAAGCUGUUGGGGGCGGGGUUCUCCGAGUCCUGGAUCUAUUUUUCCCUUCCACCCGAGGCCCUCAAACACCCCUGGAUUUGAUUGACAAACACAGCUGCCGCGCAUAAACAUGUCAUCCCACCGAGACGGCAGAGAAAGACAAGUCUGUCUCUCUUUCUCUCCCGUCUUCUCUGGCUUUGUUUCCCCCGCCGCCAUUUUUCCUGUCUCUACGAGACCCUUCUUUUAGCUUUACACUUCCACUCGACGACUUUAGUUGCCGCACCAGCUCAGAUGAGUCCGAGGAGAAAGUCUCGCAGUGACGUCAUUCCUGUAUGUCUGUUCAGUGUCAACAAAAAAAAAAAAAGUUUGGGGAUAAAAAACACGACCUGUGCUUUUUGUUUAGAUAUAACAGAUAAAAACUCUCAUAUAAAAGGUUCCCUUUAUAGAUAUAUUUAUUUUGAAGUUCUAUUUUAUAUAGUAUUUAUUUAGAUGCCAACUUUUUGUUUGUGAAGAAAGCCUAUGUUGAAAUGGAAUGUACAUUGACUAUGGAAAUAUAUAUUGUUAAAUA